CGCCUCGGGACGCCACUGGGGUGGGGCCAGUCAUGCAAGGGGGCGGGACUCUCGCCCGGCCUGCAGGGGCGGAGCGACCGUCCGAGUGCCCCGCGCCCUGACCUCCCGAGCGCGGGGUCCCGUGACGUCACCCCGCCGUGGCGCGCACGCAGUAGGAACGCUAUGAGGAAAACUACUCAGAGAUAUUUAGUAACUUGCCCUAGGUUACCCAGCUUAUAACGUGGAUUUGACUGUUUGCAUUCACCCACUCUGCCUCUCCAGGUAAUCUUCGCCAAUAAACAAAGUUGGCAAUUUCUGGAUAAAUUCACCAAGUUUCUGUCUAACCCAACUAAUGUUUAGUGUAAUAUAUCAGUUGGCUGGAUUUGAAGCACUGAUCUUGAAGCACUGAAAUUGUUGGUCUGGAAUUAUAGAGGAAGAGAAAGAUACUUCUACUGGUGCAAUUGUGCAUUAGUUUUUCUAGAGCCUCUCUAUGCCAGGCACUGUGCUCGAUGUCAGGACCACAAGGGAAGAUGGCGUCCUUGUUCUCAAGGUGCUCUUAGUCCACAGGGAGAUGGAUAAACAGGAAAGUUACUGUUCAAGUCAAAUACAUUGUAAUGCAGAAUCCUUUAUCAGUCCCUCCAAAAGAUCAAGGAGGGGUUUCCGUGCUCACCGGUCCUAUUGAGAAACAACUGGCUCAGCACAUGUCGGAAGCUUCUGGAAAGGCGGUGUCCCCAGGUGAGUUGCCCGUCCCUUCCGGAAUGGUACAGAGCGGGAAAGGCUUGCAGAAUAAAAGUCAGUUCAGGACCAUCGCCCCAAAAAUUGUGCCAAAAAUCCUGGCCUCAGGGGUGCUGCCUUGCCUCUCUCCGUCACCCUCUGAGCUCAUAAGCCCAGGACCCGCCAAGCCGCUCGUGAUGCCCUCCCAGAAUUAUGCCCUGAUGCAACUUGCGGGCCACAAGGGGACGUUUUCUCUGGUCGCUCUACCACAUGUCAGCUCCGCUCAACCAGUGCAGAAACCCAGGGUGCCUCUGCCCAAAAACCUGAAACUGCCAAUUCCGCGGUACCAACCCCCAAGAAAGAACAAUGUCGCAAGAAAGAAGCCCACACUAAGCUCCAUGGCAAGUGGCUGCAGCAAACCUGCCCAAACCCCAGCAUGUCCUCAGCCGUCCUUGGCCCCACCUGCCCGCUCUGAACUGCCCCACAAAGCCAGCUCCUCCGAGCACCCACUGUCCCGAGACCAGGCCCCAGCCAGCACCGGCACGGCUGCGCUCCCUGAAGGAGGCAGCCACGGAGACCCAGGGCCUCCACCGAGGCACAGCCCUGGCGCCCCAAGCUUGUCCACACCACAGGAGCCCUCCGCUGAGCAGGGUGGUGGGAGGAUCUCAGGGACAGCAGACCUUACAGGUAAGAAAACAGCCACCAAGCCUUCUGAGGUGGCUGCAGAGAAACCUGAGAGACGAGGGGAUCUUGCAAAAGGCACGGCGACCAGUGUCUCAUCAGCAGUCAUUGGCAGCACCGUGCAGUUGAUCUCCUCAGUCCCCAUCGUGCCCUACUCCAGAGUGAAGAAAAGAGAGUUUUGCAAAAUUGAGCCAGGUGCUCACACUGAAGAUCUGUCUUUACCUGUGCCAGGGGCAGGCAGUGAGAUGACACCCCCACUCACAGACGGCCUUGGGGCGGCCACCAAAGUGGUAGCGAAGCCAAGUCCCGGUGAAAGUGCCUUUUGUAGAGCCGCCAAACUGGAUCACAGCCACAGAACAAAACUGAGUGGGGGCGUGGCAAAGAGAAGGGGAAGGAAACGCAAGUCACCUGAGGAAAUGUUGGUGUCUCAGGGGAGAAGGAGGAAAUGCAUCCUCGAUAAAUGCAGAGAUGGGAAAGACAGAGGCAAAAAUGAUCCCCAAGAACUUGGGGACCGAGAACCUGGGGCCGCGAAAAAGUACCGUAGCAUUAUGCCUAAACCAGCCGUCACAGUUCCCGCCUUGGCUCCUCCAGCUUCUCCCGCGGCAAUGCCACAGUCCCAAACUCCUGGCAGCCUAGGACAGGACAUUCUGCUAAAUAACUCGCUUCCUUGUCAAUGCCUCGGCUGUAAACAGAAUGUCAGUCCUUCCACCAAGCCUAGUGUGGUCUUCAGAAAUGGCUAUUCUGGCAUCAAGAAGCCGUGGCACCGCUGCCAUGUCUGCAACCACCACUUCCAGUUCAAGCAGCACCUCCGGGACCACAUGAACACACACACCGACAGGCGGCCCUACAGCUGCUGGGUCUGCCACAAGGCCUACGUCCGCGCCGGCAGCCUGAGCGCCCACCUGAAGCUCCAGCACAGCGAGAACCGCCCGAGGAGGCUCAUGUGCUGUGAGUUUUGUGCAAAAGUGUUUGGUCACAUGAGGGUCUAUCUUGGCCAUCUGAAAGAAGUGCACGGGGUGGUGGUCAGCACCGAGCCGUCCCCCAGCGAGCCGCAGCCCGGGGCCACGCACCUCGAAGGGAACAGAGACGCGAAACACAGAGACCCGGGCGUGCAGGGGACGGAGGGAGCCGUGGCGAGGGAAAACAAGUCAAGCCUGGAAGAAGAGCUCUUUCUGAAUCAAGCCAACGAAGUCAAAUUGCAAAUCAAAUGUGGCCGUUGUCAUAUCACUGCUCUGUCAUUUGCGGAAAUAAAGUUUCAUUUACUUUAUGCUCAUGGAGAGGAAAUUCAGGGCCGACUGCAGGAAGGGGUUUUGUCGGGAAGCAAACAAGCACAGGAAGAACUGAUCAGACAUGCUGCUUCUUACUGGAAAGAGCGCCCUGAGAGAAGAAAGCCCGGCAAGCACCAUCCCUCCGAGGACCGGGCGGGAGCACUUCCUCAGGUGGAGAGACCACUGCACCUUCCUCAUCAGAGCAGCACGGAGACCACAAGAAAAAAGGAAGGAGCCCCCCCAGGGAGGAGCAAGCUGGGAGACCCCCAGGACCCUGGCAGUCCUCCCCGCUCCGUCCUCCUCUGGUCGCGCUCGGGCUUCAACUGCCUGCUGUGCUCCCAGACGCUCGGGAGGAAGGAGGAGCUUCUCCUCCACUGGGAGCAUCGACAUAACUGUGAGGAUCCGACCCAGCUCUGGGCCAUUCUGAAUGCCUUCUCCAGCCGGGGAGUACUCGAACUUGCCAGUGAGACUGAAAAAUGAAACCCCAAGGGGAGGGAACCAGGGUUUGACCAUCAGCUUUCUCUAAAAGCUUUGUGUUUUAUCUGUGGUGCUUAGAGAAUCAAACAAGUUAGGGCUAACUUUAAAGUGAUUUUUGCACAUAGUUUUAUUUUCUUAUGAAAUUAAAUAGAAGGCCUUUCAAUGCGUAGUUUUCUAACCAUAUGCAGUCUUAUUUUAAAAUUAUGUACUAACGCUUAGUCUUGGACUUUAUUUUGGAGCAAAUGAAAAGAACAAAAUUUGGAGAUUGAAAUGUAGAGGAUUAGAGACUGGUCUUCAAAUACAGUUUUCAGUGAAAAUGUGUGUGUUUUUUGUGCAUGUCUUUUGUUCAGAUCUUUUCUGCAUAUGCAGAUUGACAAAUGUGAUACAGUUCUAGG